AUGUCACUUCAUUACCAAACUAUUCAUCACCUAUCAGACAACGAAGAGCCUUCUUCGAUAACACCACUCGCCGGCCCCGCUACUCGAACAAGAUCAAGAGCACUGACCCUCCUAUCCAAGCUAUCCACCCCAACUACACUAAGAUCCCGUCGUGCAAAACCCAUCAUCACAAACACACACACCAAACACACUUCAACACUAAGCAACAACUCGACUUCUGCGACUACCACUAGCACCACAAGACAACAACAGCGCCGCGUUCAAGUGCGGCAAAGAAUGCUGGCUCAAUCUACAAACCAUCACAUUAUGAUGACUACCCCUGUCACCCAGGUAGUCUCUAGAAAGCCAAUCAAGCAACACUCUAUACUUCAUCAGCAAUUGAAUCAGCAGGUGCAGCAGCAGCAACAACAUCAUCAUCACCACCAUCACCAGCAGCAACAGCUACUACACCAACAGCAACAACAGCAGCCCCCGAGAGAUCCUAAUGCCGUACCAAUUCCAAAUCUGAAGAAUGUCGUGAUAAAGAGUCGAUGGCGUAUCGGAGCUGUCUUGGGUAAAGGUGCAUUCGGAGAAGUCUUUUCGGCUGCAGACACAUCCACACACCAAACAGUAGCUAUCAAAGUCGAAUCGCCAGAGUGCAAGAAACAUGUCCUCAAACUUGAAAUAUGUGUUAUGAGAAAGUUGCAAGAAUGCCCAUUUGUAGCUAAAUUCAUUGGAUGCGGUCGAUUCGCUACACCACAAUCACAUUCUCAUCAUCCCAUAACUCCCACAUCUCAAACAUCAACACCGACAAAACAGAAUCCUCCCACACCUGCUCCUCAGAAUGGAGCUUCACAACCAGUUUAUAGUUAUCUUGUGAUGCAGCUGCUUGGACCAAAUCUAUCAGAUUUACGAAGAAAAGCACCCAAUGGACAGUUCUCAGCUGUGAUAACAUCAGUCAUAACGAGGCAGAUGCUUAGAGCUGUUCAAGCAUUACAUGAAAUUGGAUUUUUGCAUCGGGAUAUCAAACCUGGGAAUUUCUGUUUGGGUCCUAACGAGACUGAAUUGUCGGCUGCUAGUCAUUGUUUCAUGAUUGAUUUUGGACUGUCGAGACGAUAUCUGAGUUCGAAUGGGAAAGUUCGUGAGCCAAGAUGCAAAGUCGGAUUUAGAGGCACGGCACGAUACGCUUCCAUAGCUGCUCACGAGGGACGAGAUCUAGGCCGAGUAGAUGAUUUAUGGUCGCUCUUCUACAUAUUGGUGGAAUGUCUACGAGGAUCACUACCAUGGAAGGGUAAAGAGAAAUCUAAAAUAGCAGCCCUCAAAGUAAAAUACACUCUUCCCGACCUGCCCGCAACACCAACUCCUCAACAGCAACAACCAACUUCUGCAACCAUAAUAUCAUCAUCGUCGCCUGUAUCGUCGUCAUCAUCUUCAACACGAUGUAAUCCAGCAUCACGAACCAUAACUGCCGAUAAAGUCACCUUCCCACAUGGAUUACUAGAUGGUUUGCCAGUGCAAUGCUGGUAUAUAUAUCAGCAUUUGAUGACGCUGGGGUAUGGCCAAGUCCCCAAUUACGACUACCUGUAUACCAUGUUGGAAGAUUUAGCUAAACUUGGCGGUGGGAAUGGACAUCCGCCUGCAUUAUAUCACGUGUCGUCCGUCUCGUCACUAGGUGUUUCAUCCCCCGUGUCUAUGAAUCUUCACAACAAGAUGCAGGAUGUCUUGAUUGGUAGCGACAAUAAUAUGGCUGAUGAGGACGAUGAUGAGGCUGAUGAUGAAGAUCUUGAGGAUGUUGAAGAGCAAGAUGAUGAAGUCGUGUUGGCUGAGAAGAGGAAUAGCUUAACACCAUCUACGAGUCGUGAACGGUUGUUGCUGAUGGAGCAGACGAUACAGAAGAGUGGUAAUAUGAGUGGGUUGCCACCAUUGCCGAAUCAAUGUCCUAGUACACCUGAUAAUAUGAUAUAUGAUGGAGGUGCGAAACGAAUGGCGCACUUGAUCAAGAGGCUGAGUGUUAAUGAUUCUGGGGUUGAUGCUGCGAAGACCGGAAACGUGCUGCAAGAUACGCGACCUCCCUUACGGAAUGAUAUGGAUGUCGACGAUGAUGGACCUACUCAUGUUACGAUUACGUCGCCGAUAACAUUUGCGCCAAAACCACCACUUGUCGGACGCCCCACUGUACCGUAUGUCAGAAGGAAGACGAUGCGUACUUACAACUGA